AUGGUGCAGGAACUACUUCUGCACACAGCAUUAGGUGGUCAGUACUUUACAUUUGGUGAACGGCAGAGAUAUUUAAAACUCGCUGAACACAUUGCCAAACUUCCUACUGCAUGCGGUCCGGCUCUCGUUGCUGGUCUUCUCCCACGUCGUGGACCACUUAGUACACCAUGGCGACACGCCGCCUCACACCGCAUUGCUUAUGAACGCGCCUGCCAACAGAUGCGGCAAGAAAAACAACAACAAGAGCAACGACCAAAAGAAAAAGAACUGGAACUAAUUAAUAAGAAUAAUCGAGUAGAAGUUUACUAUGAUGACGCUCGUACACACGAAAAUCGUCUUGGGGAUUUACUUUCAUCACAUGAUUUUGAAGUGGCAUUAAUUGGAAAAUUACGUUGUGGGUCUCCUGUAGCCCCACGAGCACAUUUCCUACUAACUAAUAACUUGUAUAAAGAUCUUUCUCUUACUUCUCAUGAGAAGAACGAGAAGAGUUUUGAGGAACCAAACGCAAGAGUCCUCUUUGCACGGGCAAUGAAGGGUCUUGAAGCGUGUGGAUAUCUUAACGCAGUCGCAAGGAAAAGACUGCGGGAAUACGGAAUGAAAACAACACGUUAUGUUUGUAUUGCCAGACAACCCAGUUUUGCUCCUGAUCCUCUUACAUCCCACAACAACCGUGGUAUGCAGGAGUUACUCUUAUCAUGGUCGCCGCCUUGGUGCUUUCACGUGAGGAAAUUGUUUCUUACUGGCCCAGACCUAUUUGUGGCACACCUAAUGUUACUAGCAUAUGAAAAAGGUUACGAACUCUUGCAGGAUGGAAUGUACAAACAAUCAGAAGGUAUUCGUGAGUUAAUUUCACUGAAAAGCGAAGAGGAUAUCUUUGCAACACUCCAAUUGCCAUACGUGCAUCCGUUCCAUCGUUACGCCUAUUGUCGUCUUCAUAACUUAAUGUAG